AUCAAACUGAAAUUCUAAUAUCCUUCUUUCCUCAUCUCCUUUUUCUCCUUCCCCAGACGCCGCUCUCGCUAACGAGCUCGACUAUAUUACUGUAUCAGCUCCACUCGAUUCUCAUUCUCAACCUCUCUCUUAUCCCCGUCCAGCGGAUAAGGCUUCUCGUAUCCUAGGAAUUGCUCAUCGCAAGUCCAUGGAGCCUAUUCCUGCCUCUACCCGGACCUCUAUCGUAUCAACUCGUUCAGCACCAUCAACCCCAACACAACAUGCCCCAACUCUUCCUCUCACUUCUCUAUAUGUCGUCUCAGGACUUCCAAAGAGUCCUCAUACAUGGACUCUUGCUGACCCCGAUGCCGUCCUUGGUUUAUCUCACUCAGAGGGUGCAGUCGCCCGUUGGUGGAGGCCCGAGGUUCUCGGUAGCACUGUGAGCCCUGGUGCCGGUGGGGGCAAGAAAAAGAAGAAAGCAAACAAGGGGGAGAGUACCGAGAUCCUCAAGGGCGCAGGUGCUCUGUCAAAAGCUGAAGUAGGAAAAAUGUUAUCAAAAGCGCUCAAGCUCUCAUUCACGCGUGAAGUUGAAAUCAUCGCGUCAACGCUUCAGCCGGCGAGCACAAUUCAUACCUUUACCUUUACCCUUCCUGCACCUUCCACUCCCCUCGCGCCAGCACCUUCUGAGGUGGGUUUACUUCGCGCAUCGGUCCUCACCGGAACGGAUCGUUCUUCCGCAACCCCCACAUUUUCCUUCCCUUACACUGAUGACCCAUUCCUCAAUGCCCGUCCUUCAUCAGCAUACCUCGGUCCGCCCAGCGUCCUCCCACCUCCUCCCGCAUCCCCGGCAUCUCCCAUGUUCGAAAAACAAGCGUCAGGUGGAAAUGGCGCAACAGUUACUUACCAUGGUGUCUGUCUGACCGUAUGGAGUCACGCUGAUGCUGAGAGAAGUUCGGCAAUUCGUCGCACUCUCGAGGCAGGCCGUGCUCGCAAGGAGAGUGCGCAAUCGCUAGUGACUACGCGGCUGAGAGCGUUGCGCUCUUCAAACCCUCCAGGGUCUUCCCAGUCCCCUGGAGAUCCAGCCAGGAGAGCGAAUAAAAAGGGUUUCAAAGCGCCUUGGUCGGGUACCGAUGGUGAGACCGACGGCGAGGGUGCCGAAACUGAUGCCGGUGCUGUCAGCGAGAGUGAUUACGACGUGGCAAGUACCGUAGGUGGCCACGGCCCUGGUGAGAGUACCCUGUUCUUGCCUGGUGAUACCGUAUUUUGGCUCCCCUAUGCACUCACGCUGGUGUCGCGUCACCCGAUCUACGAUCUCAUGCGUGACUACCUAACCCUUUCUUGGGCUCGUUUCUCUAAAGAUGUACAGUCACACACCCUGCAGAUCUCCAAAAUUCUAGCGCAUCCCGCUCCACGCGCUGGUGAUCUUAUCAAGCUCGAUGCUUCCUCCACGCCCAUCCCCUUGACGCAUUCUGCUUCCUCACAAGGUGAUGACACAAACCUUGAAGUCAUCGCGCGCUUCCCUGGUGGCUUGGACUUCGGCCGCGGUCUCGUCGACAUCAAUUUUACAAUGUGGCCCUUGUUUAAGUGCCUGAACAUCGAUAACAUUCUCACUAUAUGCGAGAUUGCCCUGGCGCCGACAGGUCGUAUUCUAUUUUAUUCUAGGCAUCCCGCCAUGCUCGGAAUUGCAGUAUGCACGAUCAAGUACCUCGUCGAGCUGCGGGGUUGGUCUGGGAUUGCCCUGCCUUCUGUCCACGCCCGAGACGCUAAGAUCUAUAUCGACGACCCCGGACCAUGGAUUCUCGGCCUUGCCACUGAAGCGAGGUACAGCGUGCGUCCGAGUGCUGAGGUCUGCGUAGUUGACCUAGACAUCAACUACUUGAGUUGUCCAUCUCCUCCUCCCGGUGUAGUGUCUGCCAAGCAGCAACGAGACAAAUAUAGGCAGCGUCUUCUUAUUGCAUUCGAGCCGCACUAUCAUCCCGAUCAUAGCGUUCCUUCCGAAUUCAAAGAAGCUUUCCCUGCGGGUCGAUUCCGCCCUGUCUGCAAGAUUCAGGCGAAACGCGGUGGUGAAACUGCUGCUGUCGCAGACACAAUCAAGGCACCUGAGUGGUGGCAUUCCACGCGGAUUAUCCAAGCAUUUGACAGUGUGCUGCAGGAUAAGUUUAAGAAACCUUCGUUCCUCAAGCGCAUCUCCUCUUUUGGCGCAGCUCGACGCAUACCCAAGCUCACUCCUGCCGAGCAGCACAUUCAGUUAUCCAUUCGCAAGCGUGCGACUGCAUUCGUUGAUGCUCGUGAUGACCUUGAGACAAAGAUCGGACGUCUUUCUCGCCGUCUCAACUUCCUCAUGACAGAAGCGGAUUUAUGGCGGGACAAGUUUGUCACGUUCGAGCAAUACGCGGAGCGCUUGAGUGCCGAGGCUGGCCAGCUGCGUAGCAAGAUCGGAAAGGAGCAAAGAGAGACAAAGCGCCUAAGUGGUUUGGUCCACCUCACAGCUGCCGAGAAGGCGAAAUUGCAGACACAGCUACACGAUACAGAGGUUGCGCACAAGGAAGCUCUUGUUGAGCUGGAGCGCAUGCGCGAGACCAUGGAAAGGAUGGAGGAAGAACGUGCGGAGAUGGUUGCUGAGGUCGAGGCUCAGAUCGAACGUGCACUUGCUUCCAUGGCUGUCGACGUCGACGAGUCUGACUAUGAAGGGGACCUCGCAUCUCGUCCAGGGUCACGCAUGUCAGUAGCGAGGUCUACCGCCAGUGGCUCACGCUCCCGCAGAGCCAGUGACCCAAUCAAGGACGGUUCGGUCGCUAGUGGAUCAAGAUUGCGCAGUUUCGGGACAGAGUCCACCCUUGCGGAACAAUACGAGAACGGUGAUGAGACUCUUGUACAUGGCAAAAGUGAUCGUGAGACUGAUACAAUUGCGGAAGAGGACGAGACACCAGCGUCACCAAAGACAAAACGCUUCUCCGCAACUCAAGCUGAGUUGGUGCAAGAUGGUAUGAUGGCCGUCGAUGAGGGUAUUAGCGAAAGGAGCGAUAGAAUCGCACAGAAAGUAUUGCAGAUCCAGCAGAAGCUUGAGACUGCACUGGCCUCUGAACGGGUUCAGGAAUGGAAGAACAGGUCUGCUGCAGCCCAUAGUUCCACGGAGGAUGAACGAAGCAAUGAUUCUGAUGCCGUUCCUGUUCGUGCACGUCCAGCCAAAGGAACAAGGCUUGUAAACAACCCUCCUGGUAAAGCAAGAAAGAGAACUCGUAGCAACACCGCAUCCUCGACGCAAACCAGUACCAUCACCCGUCGCUCAGUGGAUACCAUAUCUUCUUCGGCUACCCCUCGCCGGGCAGCUUCUCCCCGGGCGGACCAGAGAAUAUCGCAGGUGGAACCCCAGGUAGAGAGCAGUGCUGAUGAGGGCACUGUCGCCGGUUCCAAUCAAACACUGCGUAAGAUUGCCUCUGGGGCAUCUCUAUCUGCGCUUUCUCCUUCCGACACAGCAACACCCUCCACUCCUGCUCUUACGCCCGCUAUCGGCUUCAUCACAGAUGACUCGGACACUGAGUUCCAGAGUGCCUAUUCUACAAGUCCUCGGGAUAGCUACGUCAGCUUUGAUGGCCGCCAAACACCUCUCUAUCACGAUUCUGACGAUUCCAUUGAAUUUACCGAUCAAAGCCGCGAUUACGGGAAACAGGUCGCUUCUCAGCUCAUAAAAGCACCUGUCAGAGAGCGAGUCACUAGCACAGGGACGGCAAUUAUUCACACUCGAACUGCCUCUUAGGGAAGAUACAGUCGUGUCGAAAAGGCGGGUCCUUGAACGGCACGCUUGACCGCAAUCAGUCUAAUUUUAUAUACCUAUGGCCUAUACCCACCUCUACAUCACCAUUAUUGUCAUUUUGGGUUGUUCUCCCCACCACGCUCGUUGCUUUUUGAUCAUCAUUUGUCGUAUUUGUUCUAUCGGAUUUCAUGCGUUUUCAACUUCAUUGCAUAUACAGAGAUCUACUUGUGCAUAGUACAGAAUGCUAGAGAAUACAGUCUUUACAUUAAAUCCAAAAA